CGCGUCUUGUCCAGGACCAGCACCGCGUCGCGUAGCGUAUGCUCCCCGUGCCCCGCGCGUUCCCCGCUGGUCGGUCCUUAUGCCGCCAUUUAACCCUACGCGUGCAUCUCCUCCCGCUCGUAUCCUUGACCUCGCGGCAUCACUUUCUCAGGACAUCUCCCGCACUUCGACCGUCUCAGUUCCCGAGCUUGCUAGCCUCACCCCCGAUGAGAUAGAGCUGCUAGAAGCUGUCAUACAACGCGCAGGAAGCAACGCAAAUACGUUCUUGACCGUCUUCAAGGCGUACAACGAUGUUCUUACCGAACGGGGACUCGAUCCACAUGAGGUCGUCUACUACGGCAAGCUGCUCAAGCUGGGCACGCUCAAGGGAAGGAACUGGGCGGACAAGUGGGAGAGUGUCAAGCACCAGUAUGGAUAUGCUGCGAAGCGGGAACCGGUGCGGGCGAAGGCGAGCAAGCCGAAGCCCGCACCGUCGAGCCCUCGUCGCGUCCCGGUGCGCAAACCCACACGCAUUAACGACUCCUUCACGCUGGAUACGCUUCACCAAGACGUCUUCACCGAUGCAACGAACUCUGAAGCGGACACGACGCCUACUGCGCCCCGCUCCUACCCAACGCGAUCGCGCGUACCGCCACGACGAACGCCUUCCCCUACCCGAUCAUCCGUGACCAACUCCCUCGGCCUCGAAUUCGACGAUCAUCCCCUCUUGAACCACCCUUCUACCCAACCUGCUAUGCCACCUAUCGUCCCACGCCGAACGAACUUCUACGACUCGUCGGACGCAGAGUCUACAGACGACGUUUUUCAAGCUCCCUCCACGAUUCCCCCGUCCUAUGGCGCUGCUGUACGCGACGAGGAUGCCACGCCCGUCAAGCCCAAGCGUCGCGCUACCCAGACGACGCAACCGCUGGCGAAACCGGCAAUCAUCAAGGACCUAGAGAAGCGUCCGACCUCGACUCCUGCAAUGGAUCAGUUGACGCUGGCGCGUCAGAAGGUCGCAGAAGCGCGAAAGCGCAGAGGGAGCGUGGUGAACGGCGAGGACGCCUUCAAGAAGAUCCAGAUGGAGCACGACGAGAAGAACGCUGCCCAGUUCUACGAAGAUAGGCUCCUGGAGCGCUGCUGGCGGGUAUGGCGAGAUGGGUAUGAAUGGAUUAUUACCACCGACAUGCAAAUAGCUGAAGCCCGUGACAACCUGAUCCUCCGCAAGUGCGUCCAGCAAUGGCGCGAGAAGACCGCAGAGAAUAAGGAUCUGUACGGGCGCGUCACGCUGCUAUCCAACAAACGCUGCCUACGCGCCUUCUUCAACAAGUGGCGCGCACGCACGCGGGAGAAGCAGCAGGCGGAGUGGCGAAACGCUAUGCGGCGCAAGAUCAAGAUCGUGCGCGACCGCCGGGAGGAGCACCUGCAGAAGGAUGCCUGGACCAAAUGGAGGCAGGCCUUCAUGGUGCGCCUGGCGGAGCAGCACUAUGCGCAUAAGCUCGUCCAGCGUUCCUUUAAGCUGUGGAAGCAGCGCUUGAUUGCGUUGGACGAGCGGGAUGCGGUAGCGGACGAGUUCCGCGAAUCCACGCAGGAGCGGGCGGUGGCUCGAUGCUGGAAGGCGUGGCGUCGGUCACUGCAGCUGCAGCGCAUCGAGCAUGAGAUGAGCGACCGUGUCGCAAUGCGAUUGAUGGUAGAGGCUAUGACUAUAUGGAAGCGACGAACUGCGGAACUUCAACUCGCCGAUGACCUUCAUGACAAGAUGAUUAUGAAGAACGCAAUCCGGGGGUGGAAGGCUGCCCGUGAUAGAAUACGAAGGAUGGAAAACAAGGCCCGCAAACAACUCGCUUUGCGAGACGAAAUCAUGAUGCGUGCUAUUUGGCGAGUCUGGAAAGCUGGCGAGCGUGGUCGAUUACUUGAACGAGUGCGGUCGUCUCGCCUCGUCUCAAAUGCUUUCGCGGUCUGGCAGCAGCGCUUGGCUCAGCAACGUGAGCUUGAAGCGCGCGCACUCGCCUUUUACUCCCGACCCGCGUCGUCGUCUGCUGUCCUCGCCCUCAAGACCUGGCGUCAGCACUACCAGACACACACGAAUGCCAAUGCAUACGCUGUUAAGUACCAUGCCUCUCAGCUUAAGUUCAACGCCUUCCGCCAAUGGUGCCGCGCCAUCCACGACCAUGCCAAAGACAACCGCCGCGCGCGCAAGGCGAACAAGCUCCUCACGACUCGUCGCGCCUGGCAGAUGUGGCGCGAGAAACUCGCCGAGCGGGCGCGGCUGCGCAAGUUGGCUGAGCUGGAACAGCAGCGGUGCCACAAGAUCUUCAAAGAUUGGCUAGCGCGGGCGAGGAAGCAGAGGCGGCAAAAGAUGGCGGAGCAGCUGGUGCAGGAUCGGGUGAGGCAGCGGGUGAUGCAUGAGACGCUUGUGCAUUGGACGAAUCGGGUGAUUAAGGUGAAGUUGAGGGAGCUGGAGGUGGCGCAGCAGAGGGAUGCGGCGACGUUGGGGAAUGCCUUCAAGAAGUGGAAGAGUGUUUGCGAGCGCCAUGUCGAGGAGCUUAACCUCAUGGAGAGCUAUCAGUUCGUCAAGCGCGAAGAGUUUGUGCGCCGCGUAUUCAGCCGCUGGCUAGCAGCGGCUCGAAAUUCUCGUCAUCGCCGUGUCGUUCUACAGGAGAGGGAAGCAGACAUGAAGACAAUCAAGCUAUCCGCGGCGUGGGACAAGUGGCGGGAGAAAUUCAAGAACGAACGCUUGCGACCCAUCGAAAACACGGUGGUCUUGCAAGGCCAGCAAUACGUGCUCUACCGUGCAUUCGCCUUUUGGCACUCUAGGACGACCUCGCUUCCUGCGAUCCGCUUCCAUGCGAACAACCUGAAGGCUAGUGCAUGGAAGAAGUGGAUGGCUGCGAUGCCCCGUGCACUCCAGGCCAAAAAGGCGCGCGAAGUGCACAAGCAAAAUUUGCUCUCGAAAUUCUUCGAGAAAUGGGCGCAAAAGCGCGAAACGAAGCGCGCUUUGAGACUUGCAGCCCGUGCUCGCUAUCUUGCUUUGCCGACAGCGGUAUCGAGAAAUCCGCGUCCUCCAUUCUUGUCAACAUCUCCGCCGAAGCCAAGUCCUUUCGCACGGCAGCGUUCUCCUGCUCCUGAUCAGCAGGAAGGCGAGGAGGAAGAGAAGGAGCCAGAACCGCGUGCGCCUACGAGACCUUUCGGCUACAAACCAAGAGCUGGUUUGGCCAGUCUCCUGACGAGCCGGCCGUCCUCCAAGCCAGCCGCAGCGGAAUCCUCCACUCGUCCGACGACGGGCGAGCCGUCUACUCGACCAGCCCUUGGCAGGAAGCGCGCCACGUCGCCGACUUCUACCGUCCACACUCGAGUACGCUCGAAGCCGCUGGCAAGUUCGAGUUCGUCUUCGUCGCGAGCAUCCUCUCCUCCUGCCAGGCCGCCGCGCAGUGCGGUCUCGACGCGGAAAAAGAGCCCUUCCCCACCCAACCCUUCAGUAUCGCGACCGCGCUCGCCGCUCAAGUCUGUCGGGCGAUGGCCUCUUACGCGCGACGCGAGCCCGGUCUCCAGGCCACGAACGCGCACCGCGCUGUCCAGCCUUCCGAGCCCGCCCCGGUCACGCCUGGGACGCGAGCUCAGCCCAACACGACCACGGCCAACGUACAGCGAACGCGGGCGAAGCCCCUCGCGCGCGCCAAGUACGACAGUCGGCUCGAAUGGGGAGACGCGCAGCCGGUUAUGGACAGAGCUGCAGGCGGUGCAGCGGAAAUCGCGCCCGCCAUCAGAGCGGUCCUCGAGGCGAUAGCAGGUCAGGAGGAUGGGAUGGGUUAGUCGUUAUAUUUAUGCUUAAGUUAUCUGCAUGCAUGCUCGUGUUGUCGUCGCGUUUGUUAGUUGUCUAUGCAGUGUAUAUACUCUACUAUAUGGUCAUGCUGAAUAUGCAUAUUGUGCUUUCUCAACGGCAGGUCUCGGCGAAUGAUUGUAGUAGGGGCUCCGAGAAACGACGCUUCGUAUUCAUGCGUCAUGACGUAAACAGAUGUAUUAAAAGCUCGAGGAGUAACCUUCACACGUUCUUG